GAGGACGUGGAGCAUGACGACCACUGUGCCAUCUGUAAGGAGGACGGAGAACUGCAGCUCUGCCACAACUGCCCCCGAGCCUUCCACCCCAACUGCCUCCACCCGCCCCUCAGAACCCCCCCCAGAGGCCCCUGGUACUGCCCCAAGUGUCAGAAGAAGGUUUUGAACAAAGAAAACAUGUCGUGGCCUCAGAACUUUGUUCAGUCCUACGUUACACACAAGACGGUGAGGCAGGAGGAGAAGCGACGACUCCUGAGAAGAAACAACGAGCUGAAGACAGAAUGCGCUCAUCUGGAGGAACAAGACGAAGAGCUCAACCAGACACUGAAGCAAUGUCAGGACCUGAGGGAGCGGCUCCUCGAUCAGCAGAGAGACACUCACGCGUCGCUCGACCGCCUCAAGGCUCUUAUCAGGCUGAUCCAGCGCGACCAGCUCAUCCAGGUCACCAUGACGACCACGGCCACCAUCGCCGCCUCCUUGCUCUCCCAGUCUUGGAUCAAACCCACCAGCACCGCCGCCCCGGGGCCGUCGGCCACACCCCUGCCGAAGAACCACGCCCACAGCCAGGACAGUGUCAACAACUAGCCCCGCCCCCUGCGGUCGUCGAGGAAGGUGAUUUCUUUCAAGGUUUUCAAACAUCUUUUCUCCGAGAGCCGAAACAAACUGAGCCUCGAUCCACUCGAUUCAAGUAUUUUUUAAAUCCAACACCUACAGUGCUUACGAGAUUUCUUUCUUUUUUAAGUUCUUUUCUAUUUAUUCAUGUUCUUGGCCUUAAUGUAUUUAUUACAAACCGUUAGACGACUGAGCCGUCGCAGGAAACCAGGAGUUUUUCUGCGCGCUCCGAAAGAUAUUUCCCUUUUUUAAACACAGGUAUAAUAACUGUUCUGCGUAUAGAGAGAGAGAACGGUAGAGUUAGUCGUAGUGGAAGAAAACAAAGCGUGGAUGGAAGUGAACGACUGUACAUUGAUAUAUCUGAGUAGAUGUUUGUUCUCAUUCUCCUAUGAACAAUGUUUUUUGCCAUAAUAAUUCAGGAAGAUGUUUCAUGGUGUAUGUAAACGAGCCUUCGAACAAAAACAGAGAAUAACUUUUUUUCAGUAUUAAUAGAGUCAAAGAAAAAAGUAUUUAAGAUAAAACUACAGAAAUUAGCAUUUCUAGUGGAGAUUUUAGUAUUUUCAUGCUGAUGCCUGUUGAUAAAUGUAAGUUUGGAGUAUUCAAGGGGAUCACUGUACAUAUGUUGUAUUAUUAUUAUGAUUAUUAAUAUCAUCAUCGCAGGUUUUCUCGGUUGUCAAACAUCUGAAACUGAAGCGAGUCCCUGUUUGUAAAACUGACGAAACACAAACAAGAGAAUGAGUUUGGUCAUUUUGAACUGACGUCUCUGUCCAUGAUCGUAAAACGUUCCGAAGACGUGAACAAAGACAGAUAAUGGACCGAACGCUCUGAGGACACAGUGUUGAGCAUCGACACGAGAGGAGACGCUGGAAAACAUCGUGUCUCCUUUAGAUUAAAAAUGAUUUCAUGAAUUCAAAAAAAUGAAAAUGUUUUCUUUUCUUCACUAAUUUUCUUGUUUCAGUAUCUUGAAGACAAAUCAACUCAUUUUCUUGUUUGAGGAAACAAACAGUUAAAACCAACAGGAGCUCCAGUUUCGUUGGUUCACAGCUGCACUCGAACACAACACGUCGACGUGCGAUGCAUCCGUUCGUCCCCGCCCCCUUUAACCAGUAUAGAAAAUAUGCCAAAAACUCUUUGUUUUUGUACUGGGGUCGUUCAUCUAUCAAUAAUGUCCAUUGUGCUUUCUUCUCCUCCCUGCCUGUUUUAUAUUUCUGCCGUUGAAUCUUUUUUUACUCGUGUUUCCGAGCGUUUGAACAGCGACGAGCCUGUUGAGCGACAGAUGAACACUGCCUCAAGUACAAAUCCUUUCAAUCCAGGGUUUUCUCUUUGUUUGCGUCAUUUUGUAGAAACCAGUCAAUCACACACGGGACAACUCUGUCAAACUGCAACAACUUUGACUGUCGCUGGACGAGCGGAUGACGUCGUCCUGGUUCAAAACAAAGAAGCAGGACGCCGCCGUCACGUCUCGCUCGCUCCAUUUAUCUCGCUAGUCUUCCUGCUGGUCCAGAGAGGUUCCGUCCAAAUGUGGAGAACGUAGAUUUAGUCCAUUUUUUAUUUCCUGUCUCUCUGACACACGCUGAUGCACAAACACGGAGAAACAAAUAGUUCAGAGAAAAAUGCCUUUUAAAGAAAAGAGGAGAUUUGUGACUUUAGAGAAGAGAUGAUUUUAUUUGAAUUGAAUCAUAUCCUGUUUGUCCUGUGACGUAUCAAAGAUACUGAACUGAUCCUGGUUCAUCCCAAGCUUCAAAGUUAAACGAAGUAAAUAUAUCAUGAAGUAUAUCAUCAAUGUUCAAGAAGAAAUACACGUUAAAAAGCUCCAGAUCAUCAACACGCGUGUAAAUCAAUGAAGUCACUUCCUCUCGAUCCGGAGUGAACGUCAGAAACUUUAAGAAUCUGAAACUCAAACCAACGAUUCUUCGGCUUGUUUUCAUCGAACUGAGUCAAACUCUGUUUUCAUUCGAGUCCAAAAUGAAAAGUUAAACUAAAGUACAGAUUCAAUUCUCUGUAAAGUAAAACAUUUGAAAACUGAAACUUUUGUCUGUUCAACAAAAGAAAGAUUUGAGAACCAGAUGAUUUAAAGUCAUUGAAACUUUAACAUUAGAAUCAAUUCUACACGUGAAACACGUCUCAUUUAAACUCUGUUGGACUCAGAGCUUCACUCGACUGAGACAAAUGAAAUCCAUGGCCGGUGGAAUCGUUGCAGCUCAGGAGCCCGGAGACGUUUCUAACGUCUGACAUUUGCCUUUUUAAAGAACAUGGUCAGUUGGAGCUGCCUCCUGUCACUUCUGUCACUGCGGACGUCAUGUGAUGCAUAUUCAGUUUCACCGAGAGCCGCCGGCGCUCCAGGUGACGUAAAAAAAAAAAAACAUAUCAGCGCUCUGUCACGUCGAUGCCGCCCCCUUCAGACCCCGCCCCUGCAAAUUAAGCGUUAAAAAAGGCCCCUCCCACCACCACCCACCACCCCCACCCAACCUCGUCAUCCAUUUCUAGAAAUCUUCUCCGGGAGAAACUGUGCAGUGCUUAAACAGAUCUAUUUUAAUACACAACUCAACAUUUGAACAAAUAAGAAAAAAGACGUAGAACAUUUUUAUAUUCUUUUACCAAGGAGCAAAAAAAAGAAGAGAACAGAACAUUGGGGUUUUCUAUCGUUUGCUGGUUCUGCAUUCUGACUCUUUGUAUUAUUUGAGCCACAAGGAGGCGCUGACACGACGAGGGCGUUUAGAUGGAAAUGAAAUGUCUGUUGAAGUAGAAGUUUUCUUUGUCAUUGCUAAGGGGACUGUCCAGUGGAUAGUGUGUAUAGGAAAGUGUUUGUCUUAAAUAUGCCAAUGUAGUUUUUUCUUCUUUAUGAUGCAUUAAAAACUUGAUGGAUGGACGUUGGUAAAUGGUUAAAGAGUAGUCUCACUUUUUUGUACCAAGUUCUUACAAAAAAUUGAAUCAUUAAUAAACAAAUUCAAGAACAAAA